AUGAAUAGAUAUAAAUUGAAAUAUAAAUUACCCCCUAGGUUGAAAACCCAGCCCAUCGAUCCUCGAGUGUCAUAUUAUGAAGUGAAAUUGGAAGAGCUGAGUUCAGAACCUUCACAAAAAUACAAGGUGCAAUAAAGCACAUCGCUUACUCAUGAGGGUUUUGUUCGUCAACGGAAAACCAUCAGUGAUUAUAAUAAACUGCCUGCUCCUCUCCCCAAAAUUCAGACUGCUCGAAAAUACAAUGAGGAAUACAGAAAUAUCUUUAGUUAAAGGAAUCUGACUAGACUAGUUGGUGGAUUACAAUAAUUGUUGUGA